AACGCGGGCAGAUGUCACAACAGUGGAAUCUUCAUUCUGCCGGGGUCCUAACUGCCUUCAUUCUCCAAAGCCAGCUGUGGGGGGAAAAAGGUCCCACUUCUCUCUUCCCCCACACGGAAGGCGGUGCGGGAGGAACGAAGCACUAGACCCGGGCCGCAGACCCAGGAACGCUCAAUGGAGCCCGAAAGUGAGCACAUGAGCAUUUUUAAAAACUGUUGGGGGGCUUUGGUGACCAACAAAAGAGAAAUGUGAAACAGCUUUGAAAAAUGAAAAACAAUACUGUUAAAGAAAGCGAUGAAUCUUCUAGUGUUUUCCUUUAACAGUCUUCAUGACCAUUUACAAACUGUACUAUCAUCUCCAAACAACACCAAAACAAUCACUCAAGGAGGAUUUGAAUCUGUUUGCAAAUUCCACCGGACAGAAGCUCUAAAUAAUGAAAGUGAACCACUUCAGAACGACAGUGAACAAUUAUCCUCUACCAGGCCACCAGCACCACAAAGCCAGUUUGGUUCUGUCAACCUUGGCAGUGUAAAAAAGGAAAAAAAUGCAGAGCAAAAUGACACAUUGACAUUUUUUAUCCACAAAGAUGUAUAUACUGAAGAGACUCUGAUAAACUCUCCCAAAAGUUCACUUCUGAAGGUCUACGAUGAAUUUGCUGUGCCUCUCCCAAUAACAGAGGAGUCGUUGUUUGACAGCAUCAUUAAGGACACCUCCAUAAACCUCAAGAAGACCUCGAGCUUCUUGUAUGAGAAGAACGUGUGCACAGAGCUUGGGGAAUCACUUCUUAAAGAGGGUUUUGACCAGACUGCUACUCACAAAGCCAAGAUUGACUCUGAGCGGUAUAGUGAACACACAAAGAGCUCAGGAGAUACCAGCACCCUACAUCUGCCAUGCCCUCUGGACAAAAACAAAGACUUUGUUCAAGAUCUGAUGCAGUCAAAUAGAUGUGACCAAAAAAACAGAAUGAGUAACAUUUUUCAUCAUCAGUUAGAUGGGGAAAAUCAUAGCUAUCGCCUUCAAGUUAGAAGUGUGAGCAGCUUUUCAUUUUCACCAAAUACUUUUGUUAAUCCAAGGGAAUCCCAAAAUUCUAAGGAGGCUCCUGAGAAGUCAAACAUUUGUCCAAAGGAAGUAAGGGCAGAGUCUCCAAACCACCAUGAGAAUUUCCUAACUUAUUUUACUGACACCAGUACUUGGAGUGAAGCAUCUAUAGAGGACCCCAGUCCCCAAGAUACAAAGCAUGGUUUUGAAAGUUUGCAACCCCUGGAGGAAGAGCAUAUAGACUUGAAUGAUGUCAUAAAUACAUUAAAACAGGAUAACCACAAGCAGCAAAGUAAAAUAACAGAAUUGGAGUGCAGUAACUUCUAUUUAGAGAAUAAUGUCAAAGAGCUACAAAUGAAAAUUUCCAAACAACAGGUGUUUGUUGACAUCAUAAAUAAACUGAAGGAAAAUGUUGAAGAGCUUAUUGAAGACAAAUACAGGGUUAUCCUAGAAAAAAAUGAUAUUGAAAAUUCCUUGAGGAAUUUGCAGAAGGUUUCAACUGAAAUACAAAAACAGCUUGAGGAAUCUAUGAUUGAAAAGAACACUUUAAUAUUAGAGCUUAAAAAGAUGAAAACAGAUUAUGUUCUUCUUCAGGAGAAACAUAAGAAUGAAUUAGAGCUAAAGAAUAAAUCCAUAAAUUACUGUUUAGAAAUGGACAAAACCUUAAAUAAGAAAGAGGAAGAAAUAGGGAGGUUACAAAGUCUCAGAGGCGAACUGGAGAAAGCAACUUCGACUCUGGAGUUACUCCAAGUAGAAUUCCAGAGACAUGAGGAGGUCAAGAUACAGGAAAGGCAGGAAUUGAAAUCCAGUUUUGGUAAAUUGGUUACUCAAGUUAAAAUUUUGCAGUCAAGGUCUGAAAAUGAAAAGGCUAAGAAUGCCAAGUUACAGCAGCAGAUCAAUGAGGUAAAAAAUGAGAAUGCAAAACUUCAGCAACAAAUUGUAAGGAGUGAAGAACAAAAUUAUAACUGGAAACUUGAGACAGCUCAGUGGAAGCAACAGCUAGAGGAAAUAAUGGAGUCAGACAUUGCAAAGAAAGAAGUAUUCAAGAAAAAAGAAAGAGAUUUAGAGUGGAAGAUACACAUGUUAGGGAGGUUUCUUCAGGACAUGAAGACAAUGCAUUCAAAUUUGUUUCUGGACUGCCCACCUUCUGAAGAAGAGAGUUUGAAUUCACCAUAUAUGAAAAAAACUGCUCAGUUUGUAUCAAAGAUGCACAAUUUAAUGGCUUUGAUGGUAGGACUGCUUACCUGUGAGGAUACUGAUAGUCCUGAUAAUGAACAUUUGCAGGACAAUAAGAAUGUUUAUGAAAAAAUGAAGUGUUUCAACUUUAAGAAAAUAAGUUUGGAAAAAGAGCUACUGAAACAUAAGGAAAGAAUCUCAACCUUUAGGGAGUUAAUUGCUAAUGAAAAAGCUUCUCAAAAGAAAGUUUCUGAGGACAGAGACACUGAUUCAGAAGAACUCGAAAAUUAUACAAAUGUGCCAGACUUAUUAGGCACCAAACUAGAUCAAUACCAUAAUCUAAAUGAAGAGCUUAAUUCCCUGGUAACAUCCUAUGAGGAGAUCAUAGAAUGUGCUGACCAAAGACUUGAGAUGUCUCACUCCCAGAUUGCACAUUUAGAAAAGAGGAACAGACAGUUGGAAGAUUUAAUUAAGAAGCCUAAAGGGCAAACCUCAAAUUUAAGAGCAAAAGGUUUAGAAAAACAGCCAAAGUCCAUGACUGCAGUACACAAUAUCUUAGAAGCAAAAAGAAAAGACUUAAAGUCACCAAAACUGAAGACUAGAUAUUGCCAGUCAUACAGCCAUCCUGUGAACAGACUGGUUCCAUAGUGAAGUGCCCA